AUGAAGAAAGCUAGCAAUCAUACAGUACUACCCUACGAAACACCAAAACUGAGAGACCAUUACCUGAUGGGCAAGAAACUUGGGCAAGGCCAAUUUGGAACCACAUAUCUAUGCACACACAAAUCUACAAAUGAAAUGUAUGCCUGCAAAUCGAUCCCAAAGCGUAAGCUCAUGUGUCGAGAAGACUACGAUGACGUUUGGCGAGAGAUUCAGAUCAUGCACCAUUUGUCUGAACACCCUUUUGUGGUUCAGAUCAAGGGAACGUAUGAGGACGCUGUGUUUGUGCAUUUGGUGAUGGAGCUUUGUGCUGGUGGUGAGUUGUUUGAUAGGAUUGUUAAGAAGGGUCAUUAUAGUGAGAGAGAGGCUGCUAAGCUCAUCAAGACAAUUGUUGGGGUUGUGGAGGCAUGUCACUCUCUUGGGGUCAUGCAUAGGGAUCUCAAGCCUGAGAAUUUCUUGUUUGAUAAUCCUUCUGAUGAUGCCAAGCUCAAAGCUACCGAUUUUGGCUUGUCUAUCUUCUAUAAGCCAGGACAAGUAUUUCAUGAUGUUGUUGGAAGUCCCUAUUAUGUAGCACCAGAGGUGUUGUCAAAGAUUUAUGGACCUGAAGUGGAUGUGUGGAGUGCUGGUGUGAUUCUAUACAUUCUGUUGAGUGGGGUUCCUCCUUUUUGGGCAGAAACUGAAUCAGGGAUCUUUCGACAAAUUUUGCAAGGCAAAGUAGAUUUCGAAUCUGAGCCUUGGCCUAGUAUUUCUGAAAGUGCAAAAGAUUUGAUGCUGAAAAUGCUUGAGAGAGACCCAAGAAGAAGAAUAACUGCCCAUGAAGUUUUAUGUCAUCCAUGGAUUGUUGAUGAUAGGGUUGCCCCAGACAAACCACUAGACUCUGCAGUUUUGUCUCGCCUCAAGCAGUUCUCUGCAAUGAACAAGUUAAAAAAGAUGGCUCUUCGUGUUAUAGCAGAAAGACUUUCAGAGGAAGAAAUUGGAGGUUUAAAGGAGUUGUUCAAGAUGAUUGACACAGAUAAUAGUGGAACAAUAACAUUUGAGGAACUUAAAGUGGGUUUGAAAAAAGUGGGAUCAGACCUAAUGGAAUCUGAAAUCAAGUCUCUUAUGGAAGCAGCUGAUAUAGAUAACAGUGGAACAAUAGAUUAUGGUGAAUUUCUUGCUGCCACAUUACACAUGAAUAAGAUGGAAAGAGAGGAAAAUUUAAUUGCAGCCUUUUCCUUCUUUGACAAAGAUGCUAGUGGUUACAUUACCAUUGAUGAGCUUCAACAAGCUUGCAAGGACUUCGGUCUUGGUGAUGUUCAUCUGGAUGAUAUGAUCAAAGAAAUUGAUCAGGAUAAUGAUGGGCGUAUUGACUAUGGGGAAUUUGUUGCAAUGAUGAAGAAGGGUGGUGAUCAUGGUAGUACUAUAGGGAGGAACAGAACUGCUUCUCGCAAUUUGACCUUCAAUUUAGCUGAUGCUUUUGGAAUUAAAGAUACUUCAUGA